GUCAAAUGUCAAGAAAACCAGAAAAUGAAAGUCCAAUCAUAUGAGACACAACAGUUGCAGCAGAAUAAUUACUGAGAAGAGACCAAUUCCACAUUAAAAAUGAAGAUUUAUUUUAUUUUACCGAUUGUUGCAAUUACAUUUUUUGAAGUACAAGCUUGGGUAGGAACACUAAGGUCUGAUCCUGGUACAGAGCAUCUUGGUGACUGCUAUUCAUCCUCUGAAGGUGUAGGUGCUAUGAAAUUUGGCGAAGAGAAACGAUUAGAAGGAGAAUGUGUUCAAUUAGUCUGUUCAAAAAAUAGAGAUAUACAAGAAAUAGGAUGUGGUUCUGUAGGAAUAGCACCUCCGUGCAAGAUAAUGCCAGGAGAUUUGUCUAAGCCUUAUCCAGACUGCUGUUAUGAAAUAUCCUGUCCUGCAACAAUUCCUCUUCCUAAAGGAAAGGCUUAAAAAGUCCUUACUUACCGAAUAUGAACUACUUGUUAACUAAUUGUAAAUAUAAGUUUUCUGUUGUAAAAA